CUGCUGAUGACAAAAAUACAAAAAUGAACAAUGCAAGCUUUCAACUAAAAAGCGGGUCUGAAUUUCAUAACCUAUCAGUUUGUUCUUUUUAUUGUUGAGGGAACUCUAUUUUGGAUGUCUGUUUUUGGCUUGGAGUCCCUGUGAUAACACAAACUGGCAACCCCACUUGAAGUACUUAGUGCGCAGUUGUGUGCGUCCUUUCGUUUUCAAGAGAACUGCAGCCAGACCCCUCUGUUCGUUUCUGGCCGUGUGUGCUAGAAUAUCAUUACACAUAUAAAUAAUUUUAGGAAACCCAGAAGGCUAUUUACAAUGGCAGGGCAAGAAAUCUCUAAAGACGAAUCGUUGUCGCUCAAGGGGUACAGACACGCGUGCCACGUUAUGAUAUAUGCAGACACGGAAGCCAAACUGUUCGGAAAGAUUCCCAUUAAGCACAUCGUCCUUAUGCAGAUGCGUUUUGAUGGUUUUCUUGGCUUUCCUGGAGGCAUUGUGAACCCUAGAGAGGAAUCCCUUGAGGCUGGCCUCAGCAGGGAAUUGUGGGAAGAGAUUGGUAUGGCCCUGAAGGUGGGGCCUGAGGACCAUUGCUCCUCCUGCUUGGCUCUGUCCCCUCCCGACCUUGUGACACAUUUCUACACCAAGAAGCUGAGAGAGGAGGAGGUGCGAGAGGUUGAGAGAGCAGCGGUCAGUUCUGCUGCUGAUCAUGGUCUGGAGGUGAUGGGAAUGGUACGAGUGCCGCUGUACUGUUUGAAAAAGGGAGAGGGUUUUCCCUCUUUCCUCUCAAACUCUUUCAUCGAUUCUGCUCGCUCCCAGCUGCUUGCAGCUCUCCGGGUCCUGGGGCUUCUGUCCCAGGAAGAGCUGGAGGCCGCAGUCGCUACGGCGAAGAUGAUGAGACAGAGCACAGCUCACUGACAUCUGCCCCACCCACAGACUUACACCCGCCUACAUCUUCAUAGGACAUCUCACAGAAACCACCAAAUACAAUACAUACGUCACAACUCACAGACAUCAAACACAAUACAUCUCAGCUCACUAACAACAAACACAAUAUAUACAUCUCACCUCACAGACAGCAAACACAAUAUAUUCAUCUCAGCUCACAGACAGCAAACAAUAUAUAGGCUACAUCACAUAUGUUGCACAUCUUGGGCAUUUUGUUGUUUUUUGGGCAUUUUGUUGUUUUUUGGGCAUUUUGUUGUUUUUAACUGUUUGAGUUGUUGCCUUUUUAACAAACACCAAACUUCUAUGAAGACAGUAUCUGCAACUUGCUUCCCACUGUGAGUUAAAUUGAAUGACAUAUGCUAAUUGAAUCCAGGCAUCGGCCUGUAGAAGUAGCAGAUGGAUCAUUUAGUGGGGCCUGUCUGAUGGACUAGGAGCGAUGUGCUGAAGUGCUGCAUGGAGCAGGGCUGCCCAGAGAUCUACUGGGCUUGCUUCUUUUCAUUAGUUGAUUAUUAUUGAAAAUUAAUGGUUUUCUGUACAUAUGGCUGUACAUGGGGGAGGGUUUUCAUUGCUUCAAUGAAAUGAAUGAAAUUAAAUCAAUUUUUCCUUCUACUGUGAGGGUCAAGAAUAGGCGUACACUGUUUGUGAUUUAUUUUUAAAUUAAUGAUAUAUUUCUUCUUUUACGAAUGUGUUACUAGGCUGUUUAAUUUCUGACAUUGGAGAACACUAUUUGGGAAGCAGAGAAACCGAAAUAAAACUUUUCUUGGAAGGUAACAUGUAGGCUAACCUUUGCCCUUUUUUCCUUCUUUGAAAUGAACAAUUAACUACAAUGAUUUAGACACUUCAAAUUGAAAUUACGUUGAAUCAACAGACAAUAAAACCAGAUUUGUAUUUGAAAA